AUGAGGCUUUCCGGAUUUGUGAGCCUCCUCUUGCUAUUUGGCCUGCUUGCAAAUGUCCAAGGAUUUAGUCUGACUGAUUUUCUGUUUUCCAGGAGAUGCCCCCGAUUCAGAGAGCACUGCGAACACAAAGAGAGGGACCUGUGUACCAGGGACAAGGAUUGCCAGAAAAAAGAGAAGUGCUGCGUCUUCAACUGCGGAAAGAAAUGUUUAAACCCCCAACAAGACAUAUGCAGCCUACCAAAAGACUCUGGCUACUGCAUGGCUUAUUUCCCUCGCUGGUGGUACAAUAAGGAAAAUAGCACGUGCGAACUCUUCAUCUAUGGAGGCUGCCAGGGAAACAAUAACAACUUCCAAACCCAAGCCAUAUGCCAGAACACCUGCAAAAAAAAAAACCUGACAGAACUAGAACUGAUCAGGAAUGGUUGGGGGAGGGGCGGCAUUGUGAAGAUGGGAAGCAGGCCCUUCGAUCUGAACAGAGAGCAUGCUGGGAAAACCACCAGGAUUUUGCUCCUGCUCCGAGCUCUGUGUAUCCACUGGAUUCUCCAGAAUGGCUUCUGGUGA